AAUAAGAAGGAAAAAUUUGUCUUCGUAUUUUUCUGGCUUUCAGGAAAAAGACAUGAACGAACAUCUAAAGUUAAAACGCACGUCCGUCGUUCCGUGCAUGAUGACCAUGAAAAAUCUAAAGAACAUUCUUCUAAACGCCUCUACCAGAUGUUGAUGAGGAAGAAUAUUCUAACAAGAAGAAGAAGAGAAUUAAUGACAGGUCCACGUAAGUGAUUUAAUCGAUUCUGUGGCAGUCUCUUUUAAGGUUGCAAUCAGUGCGUCUUUGCCAAAACAAGGCAAAACUCAAUGAAAAUUUAUGCCCUUCGUAUUUAAAAAAAUCCUGAUAGCAGAGGCUACUUUUUCGCGAUAUAUACUACACCGCGAACGUUCGUCCCUCUUUCCUCAGUCAAGCCACGCGAGCGGAGCAAAUACAAAAAGAACGCUCCUAGUCUAGAAAAAACUGGCAUGCGAAAAGUCUAUAUAGCAAAAAGCAGCCUCUGUUUGCAUGGUACAUUAAAAUAUCCUUAAUUUUCCUAUGCUCUGCCAUCCUUUACUUUCAAUAAAUAUUAUGCUAAUGAAUUUUAACUUGAAUACGUUAGGCCAACAAAGAUAACCAUCUUUUAAAUCACUAAUUCGCAGGAUACAUUCAUGACUGUGGCCAGAGGACGGGCACUUGUGAAGCUUGACUUAAGAUUCAUUUUUUUACCAUCAUGUAAAAUUCAAGUUUCUACUUCAUGCACUUUCGCAAAAACACAUUUUGAAUACUGGCAUUUAAAGGCGUUUGUUGUUGUUUUUGAUUCUAGCCACUACAACUAAGGUAGAAAUAAAAUUCAGAAAAAAAUGGAUGGAGGAAAUGUCGAACUCACAAAGCUCUCAAUACAAGCUCCUUGACGGGAAUAUCGUGGACGCGGUAAGUCUUAUCCCACGUCUUUCGUUUUCGUUUUUUGGAAUUGAUAUUUAUUACUUUUUCAAAGCUAUAAUCAGUUAGCAAACAGACUUCUGAUUGGUCUGAUCAAUUUGCAAGCUUUAAAUUAAAUUUAAGCUGUAAAGCAAAAUCAAUUUUUAGCGGACCUCCAUUUGGCUAUUUCGUUGAUCAAUCAUCUUCAUAUCAAACUAAAUCCACGUUUGGAAAGAAAACAGAACCACUAAUUUACUAAACAAAAUUACAACUGAACAAAAUAAAAACAGAAUAAGAAAGAGCACUUUUUAAAUGCAAUGAUAUAUUUUCUUUUUGUUCAAUUUUAGAUAACCACCGAACUUAUUGGCGACACAAACUACCUAAGUUCCAGUGUGACUGCAUUAAAGUAAGUUAAAAAAUAUUAUAAGGAUAUUAAUUUAGCAGGGAAAUAAAAACUAGCACUGAAGUAAAGUUUCUUUAAGUUUAGUCUUCUUCUUGUAAAUGUUUACAUUCGAGGGUAAAUUGCCAACAUCACAAAUAGAUAUGAUUAUAGUCACCUUUAGUGGCACUUUUCAGUUCUAUUUUCGAGCGAACUAUACUACAAUUGAACCGUAUAAACCAUCUUUGUAAUAAGGUCGCAUUUACUUAUCUCUACGUAGAAACUCCCCGGAACCAAAUUCUAGUGUGCUGGCAGACCUUGAACUGCAGUUUGUUCCUGGCGAGUUGGACCCAGUAAAACAUUUCCGCGGUAUUGUUUCCAGCGGACACAUUUCGGGGAUGAUGGUCUACCCCGAUUAUUUCGUUGUGCUGGGAGGUAAGAUACAUGGUUUCUUCCUUUAUAUUGGCGACAAAUUUAAAAGAAUUUGUUAUCCCAGAAGAACUCAUAUGUUUGGGGUGUUGAAGUUUUGCUUCUUGAGCCCUAUCUAGCACUAGAUUAAAUUAAACCGCAUUCUUUGCCUUAAUAAUUUUUCCUACUUAAGGAUAUCGUGCCCUGUGCGCCAUUGGGCGCGAAAAGGAUGACCAGGAUGAUAAUGAUGUUGAUGAUAAUGAUGAUAGGGUGUACAACGAACACCUGGAGUAAAGGAGACUUAAACGAGAACGCAGAAGACCAUUGCAGGGUAAUAGGCAGUUCAUUGAUGAGGGCCAAUACAAACUAUUUUAUGUAGGGUAAUCUAUCUCCCGACCCUUUUAGAAUAAAGAGGAGUUAGAGUAGAGAUGACUGAUUAUUCUUUAGGGUUGUGCCUUUGGUCAUUGCACCUUGCUCGGUCUAUGUCUAACCGAACACGACUUUGUUACGAUCUAAAACGUUCCCAAUAUCCAUAAUUUUUUUUUCAUUGAGCUCUUUUAAACGUCUCCAAGGGACUUGGCUAGUCAACCUCGUUUCCAGGGUUCUCUCCUACCCGUCCCUACGGGUACGAGAGAGAACCUAGUAUGAAAUGUCGUCUAUUCACCCGAACCUCCAACCAGAGGCAACGCGAGCAAGCCGCACGUUGCGGUUUGUGACGAAGAGACGGAUGACUUUUCAGUCUAGGACUUGGCUCGCUCUCACUAAUAAGUCUAGUUUAACUAUGAUGAGGAUGUAUUUAUUUUUCUCCUAGACAACAAGCAACAGAUAACUGCAGAUCAACAGAGCAGCAGCGGCAUUAAAAAACCCAGUUAUCCAGUAAACAUAGAGGCUCUAAGUAAGUAAUAAAGGACCAAAAGUCUCUAAGCUAUAGCGAGGCACUUUUCUCACGUUAGUACACGUUUAUCUUCGUUCAAAAAUAUAGCAUUCACCGACCAGUAACUACAAGUUUUUUAAUAUGUCUUCAUUUUAGUAAAAGAUUAUCCAUAUGAUGUAAAAAUUCAGCAGCCCUGGCAUCCCUUCCUUAGCGAUAUAAACAACCCAAAGACAAAAAGUUUGAGUUCAGGCAUUGAGAAUACUGUGAGUAUCUUUCUAUUAUCUUUUUUAGUAUAGGCGUGCAGUACUUUGUCAUAGGUUAUGCCCUGUUAGGCCUUUCUGAGGCAGAUACCCUCAAAACAGUGCCAAGACUGAGGCCUUGUGAGAUAGAUUCACCGAGGCGACUUGGGCAGGUAUACUAACCUGCAUCAUUACUCUUGUGAUACAAGAAUAAACAGUAGUAAUUCGGCUGUCAGCAUCAGACUCUUUGAGAAAAAAAUACCGUAAAAUUCCGAAAAUAAGCCCCGGGGCUUAUAUUUUUCAAAGGCCCUUUUUGAGGGGCUUAUUUUUGGAGGGGCUUAUCUACGGAGGGAAAUUUGCGUUUCAAAAUCGAUUGGGCUAGCCUUAUAGUUGGAAGUAAAUUUACCGUUUUUGCUUUGUUUUACUUUGUAUUUGAGGGCAAUUUUCCAAGUACAAGCCCCCGGGGGGCUUAUAUUUGGGGGGCGAUUUAACGGAGGGUUUUUUGCGUUACCGGUUUGGGGGGCUUAUAUUUGGAGGGGCUUAUACAUGUAGGGGCUUAUUUUCGGAAUUUUACGGUAUAUAUUUCUUAUUGAAAGAAGAUUUCCGUUUGCGUAGUUCAGAUUUGGUGCUUGAUUUAAAGCAACGACUAAGCUGAUAUAUAAUGGUAAUUGAACUGAGUGUAGUGCGCGCGAGUCCGCUUUUGAAAUCUCGCGUAUGAUUUCGGACCAAAAUUGCACGACAUGAGGUUCAAUUACCACUUUAUUACAGCCAUUUUGAAAUCGCAGAAUUCAGUCAGUACCUAUAUUUUAUUUAACUAGUACCCGUUUUGUUGAGAGGCGGAAACAAAAAGGCUUUUACAUCUUAUUUUGUAUUUGAAACAGAAAUGAUGCGAUUUAGAGCGAAAAUGGUGUGAUUUGAAACAAGAUGUGAUUUAGAGCAAAAAGUAGUGUGAUUCGUCAAUAAAUCACACAGAGCCAAUCAGCUUGCGCGGAUCACCAGUGAUUUCAAAAUGGAUAUGAUAAAACCUGUUAAUUAAUUUUCUGUUUUAGUUAAGACAACUAUUUGCAGGAGAUCCCUCGUUCAUAGAUGUCAAAGUCAUCGGCUACAAGUAAGUUACUACAUAAUUAGUUAACUGAAGUUUAAAAAUUAUACAGUUAUAUCAAAUGUUGAGUAGUUUUGUGUGGUUAACGCUUAAAUCAGAUUCUUUUUUGGCUUUCUUAAACGAUCGGUUAUCGAUUAAUGUAUUGCCUUAACAGCAAAGUCACUGCGAUUAAACAUGUUUGGUCAGACCUUUCUUCGAAAUUAAUUUCUCCAUAAUAUUUUAAAACUAUCGCUUCAUUGGAGACCCUUAUUAUAAUUAGUUCCAAAGCCUUCAGUUAUAUACCAUACUUACUCCACACUGAAACUUUAAGUACGCUUUGAUUUUUUUAAGUAUCUGUGGCGCAGUUUUUUUAGUCAUAUCGUGCCAACUCUUGUUUGUAUUUAAUAUUAGAGAAUUGUUUCUUGGGCUUUGCUAUUAUUGUUAGAAAAGUGAAUCUGAGUUCCAGACUUUCCAUUUCUGCUAUAAUAAUAAACAUACAAAAAUUUCUGCAAUCUGAUUGGUGGAGAACGUGUCAAUUCAUCCUAAGUAUAGUGCAAAAAACGUGAAAUUGAAAAUGAUAAACAGGUGGGCAAAGUUACAAAUUGGCUGCCUGGGAACAAAAUGGCGGAUCGAGUUGAAGACAGUAACAGCAUUCUAAUUGAAAGUUUAAAGGAAAAUGCAAAAAACAAACUCAACAAAGCAAAAACAACUGGCUAAAAGUUAGGAGAUCUUGGGCAGAGCAAUAGGGUCAUGACCAAAAAAUUGAAAACUAUGAACAGGAGGCGCUCAAGAAAAUCGUCCCCGAUUUUUGUGCAACAGUGAGUGAAAACGACGGCCAAGACUAUGAGCCUGACAGUCUUCGCAUCAUGGUCACUUCAGUUGACUGUUACCUAAGGUUAUAAACAAUUUAACAGUUCGAAACAAGUUCUUGAAGAAAAAGCUCAGUCCCAAAGUCUGACAAACACUAACGAAAAUGGGCUGUGGCAAAGCAAAAGGCUUGGAAAGGAGAAUCCACAAGUCCUGGUACAAAACGUUGGGUAGCUCCUGACUCAAUAUUUUGGUCUUCGAGUUCGUCAAGAGCAUUACAGCAUGACCGUUGAAGAUUUCCGUUUCGGCUUGGACGAAAACAACAUGGAGAGCGUUUAAUUCAUCGAGGAUCCGACUUAAACACGCCAGUCUGGACUGUCUGCAAAACCCCGAAGCUUUCUGUAAAAGAUUUUUGCAACUGGAGAUUACAUGUGCCCCGUUGCAAUCUUCAAAGAGUUCCUUUGCCAUCGUCCUCCCGAACUACGCACAACCGGUCCACUUUACCUCUCUUGCGUGAAAGAUCCAACUUCGCAAGUUUGGUACAACCGGCAGCCAAUGAGAGUCAACAAAACCAACCAGAUAAUGAAGCCAAUCAUCAAGGAUACGUCGCUUGAAGAGCACAGCGCCAGGAAAACAGUUGGUAAAAAGUUGAAGACCGCCGGCAUCAAGUGAAGUUCUAUUGUGAAACUAACGGGCCAGCGAAACUUGCAGUGUCUAGAUGAUUAUGACGAAGCGGACGAGAAUAAACAAAGGCAGCUAUAUCACAGAAUCAGCAGCGUUUCCAAUGCCAACCAGCUCUCCCAGACAAACAUCGGCAGCCCGAGCAUGCUCAACCGUUCACUUUCUUUGCUGCCGGCGCCCAACUUGGGCGGCCCAAGGUUUUCCUUUCCAGGUGCCCAGUUUUUCCAGGCAAAACGUCCAGCGCCAAAGCUUCAUGAAUUUCAGUUCAUUCCACAACUGUCAAGUGACAUUUGACGUGAGUAGUGCAAACAUGGCUCCAGAAAUUCAGUCAGUUUAAGAAAAAGCCGAGGACGGUCAUUGAUUUGAUACUCCUCUUAAGUGAAAACUUGCUAUUUUUAGAGAUAUGGUAUUUUUAACACGUUUACGUUUCAUGUAUGUCAGUCAAGCUUGUCAUUUUUAAACCAAUCAACUACAUAUAGACGGAGCAUUAGCCGAAAGACACGAAAUAAACAAAACCUCGUUGGAAAUUUGUUUUAUGUAUAUUAUAAAGUAAUCACACGAUUUUUCUCAUGCAAUUUGGAAUAAAUGAGCACUUGUAAAAUUUUCAGAGACUACAAAUUGCACUUACCCUUUUGUUAGCCUUUGAAAAUUUUACUCGCGCUUAUUUAUGCCAAAUUGCACUCGAAAUCAUGUGAUUACCUGUACUAAUACUCUUUUUUAGAUUGGAGUACAUUAAAAACCGUUUGAUUUGUUCAAGAUGAUUCUUUUAAAUUGUCUUUAUUUUGUUACCGUAUUAUAGCGAGGAUCCCGCAGGUAAUCCUCACGCGAGAGUAGUGCUGCGGUUCAAACCCGAUGGAACAGAUCCUGAAGAGCAGCUCAAAAACCUGAUCAGCGGUGGUCAUUUAGGGGAUGUACCUGUCUUCAACGACUACUUAAGUAAGUUUAGAUAGUUUUGGAUUGUCAUUUAUAGUAUUUUUGGUGAUUUUAGCCCUAUGAAUGCUUGCAUCUAUCACAGUUUAAAAAACUGUUUCCUACCGUUGUCGAUAUGUUUCACAAAAUACCAUGAGAGACCCAAUAACCAUUAUCAAUAGCUUCAGUUGGACGCUGGAGUACCGUCGGCUUCGUCAAUAACAUUACUACAAGUCCAAACUAGAGUAUGGUGUCAAAAUGAUUCAGAGAUUAGGGAAACAUGAUGGACCCAUGAGGUUACAAAUUCAUUUGACAAUCUUAGAUAACAAAACUUGACCCUAACCUCGGUCUCCCUUGCAGAUGGUCCAAUGGCUCCACCGUCUGACCAGAACGCUACGGUCCCUGCUGCCGCUCCUGUUCAAGCUCCUGAAGUAACACAAGAAACAGCUCCUUUACCUUCCGCCUCACCCGCGAACGAAACAGUGCAGAACUAUCCUUCUGCUGCCGCACCGGCCACGCCUCAGACUACUGUGACUUACGUGAACCCUGGAGAAUGUAAGUGCUAGCUACAACCUCGGUCAAAGAAAUUUGGGAAUCUUCCGAUUCUUUGGCAUGCACAGUGUAGUCCCCUCGCCCACUUGCCGUGUUGCAAAAAAAGCCCAGUUUGGGAAAGCUUAAGCGAUUUUUCACUUUGUGAUGGGGGGUUUGAGGAAGUCGACCAAGUGCCCGAACCAUUUUGUUCUCCGUUGUAGAUUAACAUUCGCUUGCGAUGUUAAACUCAAGCGCGAGGAUAAUUAUCUUUGUUUAAAGGUGAAAACAUUCUAUAAGCCAGCACACGCGCAAAAUCAAAAUUUUUCCUUUCCUUUUACUUGUGUCGGUGUAGGUGCUGUUGUGCUUGCUUGACAUAUAAGACUCUUUAUAGCCUUCUCAUGCUUGUGCUUGUAAUGAUUGCGUCGAUGGUAACAGCCAUACAUGCUCAGUCAAAGGUAAUCAUAUCUGAAAUCCACUCUCUUUUAAAACAGCCUUGAAUGGAUCACUGAAGUUAAACGAAACUUGGUAUGACUACAUGGGGAACACAACGAGCACAACCUUCAGGAUACUGGCAGACGAAAUAGCUCAAGCUGUAAGUCUUCUCUCUGUUCACAUAGUAUCCUUCUAGUACCCGAAAUUCGCGUUUUACAGGGGAAUGAAAACUCAUAGGCCCCUGUAAUUUUGUUUUUGAAUGAUGCGCUUAUAGAAUCUUAAACUUGAAGGCAAUUUAAGGUAGCUAUGAACCCGUUCUUGCCAUUCAACUACAAUUUGCUCUACACUGUUGAUGCUUGGGCGUUGUUUAAUUGACAUUGCUGUAACAUCACCAGAGAGAGUGUGGUAUCUGAUGCUCUUAACAUUCUUGCCUUGUACAGAUCACAGGAGCAUACACUCCUUACAACUACAGCGUCACGUCUGAAGUUACGGGCUUGAGGUAAUAAACUAAAAAGCUGACGUUUCUCUUUCGCUCUUGCACUAGCAAUGUAGUUUUUCUCACGGUCAUUCUCUUUUUGUUUUUUAGCGAGACGACUGAUCAAGAAGUGCUGGCUUCAUUCUCCAUCCAUUUCCCUCCCGGUCAGACUCCGACCCUCGUUCCAUUGCAGCAGCUUGUACAGGGAGGAAUGCUAAGUGGGAUCCCUGUAUUUAGCGACUCUGUACAGCAAGCGGGUGAGUUAUGAUAAACCUCUUGGUCUUCUGGUUUGAAAUUUACUUCGCCUUCCAGCUUAUGCUUUAAUUGGUUUAUUUUCAGGGUAUAAUCCUGCUCCAACACCUUCACCUUACGAGUACUUCCAGCCAAACGCCACACCAGGUAUGGUUAGUUACGUCAAUCGAUAACUGAAACACAAGAGGGACUAGCAUUUUAAAAUAAAGUUAUCCUUUCUUGCCAAUAUAUUUGGUUAAAUACAUAUUGUAAGAGAAGGGAUACCUCUGAGGGGCCCUUACCAAAAGGCAGAACUGGCCGGCCGGGCCAGUCAUUUUGAAAAAGAAACAAAGUCCUCCUCAAAAAAUUUGCCAAAACCCAUCACUGCCACGCAUAUCUGGCGGAGUGUAUCCAAAUCUAUAGUUAAGGUCUCUUUUCGACGGAAAAUAUAGUUCCGUCAUGUUAUGGUAAAUAGUGAAUGCUUUUUAGACUAGAAUUGAUUUGUUCUAAUAGGACCACCGCGUUACCUCAAGGUCUGGUCAGUAGGGUGUAAUAAUUGUCACUAUCUUUUGUUUUCAAAGAUCUAUUGUGGCAUAUCUGUACCAGGUGACGGUUUGCUACUAAAAACUUAUUCACUGAUUAAAAUUUUGCCCUCACUAGUCAACAACGCGACAUCGCCAGUUCUCCAAGUUCCUGUGUUUAACCAAACAGACACCACAGCUUCUUCAGUGGCACCUCAAACAUAUAACGCUACAGAGAACCAAUCGUAUAAUGCGACAGCAUAUCAAGCCUAUAAUGUAACAGUACCGCAGAUCUACAAUGUCACAGAACCCGGUUCUGUCCCGCAAGCUUACCCAGUCCCUACUGGGGAUAUCAUGACACCCACAGAACCUGUCUCAAAUUUAACUGUUUCUCAAGUAGCGACACCGACUUAUUCAGGUUAGUCUCCAAUUCAUUCUUGGAAACCUGUUUUUCUUCCAGGACUACCUGCACUUCGGCUGCGUGGCUCUGAUGGAGGUCAAAAGUGUUGGAACCUUACCAGUGAUAUUAGUAAACCUGGCAAAUUUUGAGCAAAAUGGGUGGAAAUCAGUCUUUCUGGGGUCUCGAAAUUAGGGAGCCCUAGAAACGACGACGGCAACGGUAGCAAAACGUCGCUUUUUAAAAGUCUUCGUGUUUUUUCAAACUUCUUCGCGAUUAUUUUCAUUCGUUUAAAUGUCAAAUGUAGAAAAAUUUCCCCAAAAUUGAAUUCUUGGGGGACUGAACCCAAGUUUAGAACGAUAAAGUAAAAGUCGUCGUGGUCCAUUGAAGUCCUCCACAAAACGUCUCAUGAGGAAUUUCACCUUAUAGUCGUGUAGCAAAGAAAUGUACAAAAAAGUAUUCUGCACGUGUUGCUUAUUAAAGUUACUGCUUCUUUCAAGUUAUCGUUUCCUUUUCGGUCGCUGUCGUCGUUGCUGACAAGUUCCCUAUUGUCGGGAUGAAGGGAUGAACUCAAAGCCGAUCCAAAAGUUGUCUUUAGGAGCAGAGUCCUAUCAAACAAUUACUUGAAGUUGAAUGAAUCCCAAGUUCUUUUGACCUCCAUUGUACUGGUCAGCGUACAAGACUUACAAUCUUACAAUCUUUGACAAUCUCAAAGCCUCUAGAUUGGAACAGGUGCUUUGCUAAUCCACUAAAACCUGUACAGCAUUGAGCAUUUUCACCAACCCUUGACGCGACCAUAUAAAGCUAGUAGUUUUAACGAGGUUCUCACAUAAGAAAAAAGAUUGUUAAAGUGGUUUCAUAAUUUAGUUGAGUGAGUGUGGUCUUAGUGACCAGCUCCGUGUAUUUUUUAAUGGGAUGGUCGGUAGGACGAUUCUACUGUAUUCAUUAUUACACUAUCCCUAUUCCCUCCAGAUUCCUCUCUUUCUUUUCCUCUCCUCGGAGGGGCAAUGAUCGGCGACAUUUGAUCCCCUUACAUCACAUACUGCAGGUCUUAAUCAUUCCAUAUACACGUUACACAAGAGUAUACCCUGCGAUGCGCAGUCAUUGUUAUUGGAUAAUUAUUUCAUUUUUCUUUCGUAGUCGCGACUCCAAAUCAUGGAAAAUACGUUAUUUCCCAUCUCAUCAAUAAUUUUUCGGUUUCAUUACAGUUGCUCCGCAAAAUAACUCAGUUGUUUCAAACGCAUCCAGUGUGACAGCUGAUCAGUUUGGUAAGUUUGUUUGCUCCACGACGCUUACUAGGGUUAUUAAAAGAAACGGUUGAUUUUGGUGAGGAACCCUAAGGUCUGAAAAAAAAGAAGCCUCCUCAUACAAAUUAUAUGUAUAGGCUGUCCAUUGUCUCCGACUAAGACUGUCUUGCAGAGAGUUGUUUGCUAUAGGAGUCUCGCAUGUGGACCAACCUACCUUCUAUAGAGGGAUAGGCGAUGGCAAUGUGCGAGCUAAAUGAAGUUUGUCUGGUCUGUUGACGAAUGUCUUUUUCGUGUGCCUUACUCAUAAUCCUUUCGUUGCGUCUUCUCAGUUGCUGCGAUUGACUCCUUUAGGUUAGGCGAUAAAAUUUGGUCCUCACAUGUGGGGAUGCGUACUCCUUUGUUUUUCAUUCGUCUUUUGAGCACAUCGUAAAAACCUUGUUUCUGACUGCGAUGUGCUCUCUUAUCUCUGCACCAUACUGCUUUUGAACCAAUAUGAACUUCCCAGAGAGGCUGCGAUGCGGUGCUGUCAGCUUCGACUACAAAAUGUAUUAUGGAGGUCUCCAUAAGCAGCUAGAGGUCCGAUUGGCUGCUUAGAGGUUACUCCAAUAACCUCGAUCACUGUUUGAACCGGGGAGCUCUUGAAAUAUUGAAGAGCCUCCGAAACACUCCAAUUCCCCACCCCCCCUUAAAGGCCAUGGAUAAUUGAUCGAGUUACGUAAACAAUUCUUUAAAAAGAAACCAUUUUUUUUUACAGGACAAACGUCGAGUACACCAACAAGUUCCUCUGGUACGGGCCAACUUUCUACACCCCCUGGAUACACAGGAGGACUCAUUCCUUUACCAGAGGGUAAAUUCUUCACUAAUGACUUGAGAUGUUAGGAAUUGCGUCCGACGCAUGCGUUGGUUUUAAAGGGUCAGGUUCACGGUUUAGCGUCAAAAUGCUAUUUUUCUGCUGGGACAUGCUGUAUCGUCUAUGCAAGCAAAAUAAUCAUGUCAUAAUGUUGUCAAAGAAUGAGCACGCGCUGAACCAUGAACCUGUCCCUUUAAAACCAUAAGCAUCAAAGUAUUGUGUUCACGUAAUUUAGUUAUAAGCCACCCUUAUUUAAGAAUAUUUGUCUCCUGUGAUUUGCGAUUGACCAUUGGUUUUAUAGGAAUUCCCAAGUCAUGCGCAGAAAUCCGUUCGUCAGGAAUUGGUUCCCAGGACGGCGAAUACGUUAUUCAGGCGCGGCCGGACUGCCACUUAAACAUCAUCUGUCAGAACAUGGAUGAACCCAGCCCAAUUGAGUUCCUUGGUGGGCCUCAGCAGAGAUACUGGCUGUACUGGCAUUAUGCUAUACUUAUAAGACUUUCUGCCUAUGACAAACAACACGUGGACAAAAGGGCGUGUCUGGAAAAUUCAGGUAAGAACAUGGAGCAUAUUAUUAUAAUUAGCGGCUCAAAUUAUUUCAUAACGAAUUGAUGAUUGGUGACAUAGCUUUCCUUUCACACGUUUUAUGCGUGGCAUACAGUAAAAACCCUCGCGUAAGAACCUCCAGUUAUUCUACGUUAGCCUAAAUUGGUUUUUACAUUAAUCAUAACUAGCACAAAUUUAGGCCAGUUAGGUUCUUAUUUUCUGAAGAAAAAAAUCCAUUGAAGCUAAGAGCAUUUAGUGGUAUUCAGCUUAUUCCUUAUAUAAAAUCUGCAUACAAAUCAAACGUAACGCGGUUAAGAAUUCCAACUGGCCGGAGGCAAAUCAGCUGUCUAUUUACCAACGUGAUCGAGGAUUUGAACUCGCGACUUCCGUGAACAAAUCCAGCUAGUGGUCAGGGCGGAACUUAAACUCGGGGCCUUCGAAUUGCAAGUCCAGCGCUCUAACCCGCUCGGUCAAGCUGCCUCCACGUACUUUGUUACGCCAGAAGAAAAUUGUUUUGGCAAGUGAGACUGGCAAUUCAGCCGUUUCCUUUCCUUUAGUGUUUAAAAACACCUCGUACACUUCUACUACAGUUAGCCAAUAGGUAGUCGACUUUCUGAACUUAAAGAAACAAGAUUUGAAGUACUUUGCUAAAUUUUGGAAACUGGCUCUUGCGUCUGACCACGUACGAAGAUGGGCAUUCAUGAAACCAACAUAUUGUUGAACCUAAGCGCAGCUGCAAGGUGAAAGACUCUUUUAGACAAAUAUUCGCUAAAACAAAUAAUUAUCGAGGAAAUUUAAGUCAGUUAUUUCUAAAUUCUUAACAAUAAACGUCCCCUCUCCAGGACUUAAAGAAAUGACCCAACUGAUGGUUAAAAUUUUCAUUCCUGUUCUAAUUAGCUGAGGGUCGAGAGUUUAUCACCAAAGUGAUGGACGCUGGUAUCAAACAGGGAAAUCCGCUUGUUCACUGGAAAACCAACAUUAAACGUAUGAUCAAUAGUUUUAUUGGCAAGAUGAAGAAAAAGAGAGACCUUUCUGAUGUUACAUUAAGCACAAAAGCUAUGAAGAUUUACAAGAGGUGA